GUCAUUGCACUGGGAAAAAAAUAGACUGACUCCCUCCACUACACCGCCUCCAUUUUGAAUAGCCAUGUAAUAGGGGAUUCGCAUAGUUUUUGUGUGUAUCGCCCACUGCGCUGCGUAGUGUCAACAAGCCACAUCCAAACAGCCCUCGACAUGGACGACCUGUUCAGUCCGCGGAGGAGCCUGAACAGCACACAGGGAGAAAUAAGAGUGGGACAAAGUCAUCAGGCCAAACUCCCAGAGUUGCAGCCGCGGCCCGUUCCCAGUUUGCAGACUCAGACGGAGAGGGAGGAUCUGAUGUGGACGCCGGGGGUCAAUGACUGUGACCUUCUGAUGUACCUCAGAGCGGCCAGGAGCAUGGCAGCGUUUGCAGGGAUGUGUGACGGUGGGUCAACAGAGGAUGGAUGUCUUGCAGCCUCCCGUGAUGAUACCACACUCAACGCACUCAACAUGCUCCAUGCGAGUCACUAUGAUGCAGCAAAAGCUCUCCAGCGCCUGGUGAAGAAGCCUCUGCCGAAGCUCAUUGAGAAAUGCUGGUCUGAGGAUGAUGUGAAACGCUUCAUCAAAGGCCUGAGACAGUAUGGAAAGAAUUUCUUCCGCAUCCGGAAAGAAUUUCUGCCCAGCAAAAAGACUGGGGAGCUGAUCACGUUCUACUACCACUGGAAGAAAACUCCUGAGGCUGCGGGAACUAGAGCUUAUCGGCAGCAACGUCGACAGCCGUCCUCUCGCAAAGCCAAGACUCGUUCUGCAGCAGUCCCCGUAACCCCAUCGCUGAAUUAUUCAGUGGAUGCGAGUUCUGCCAGUGAAGACGACCUUGACAGUGAAGACAGUGAACAGGAAGUCAAGAGCUGCAGCCACUGCGGUGCAACAAGUCAGGGUUCUAAAGAUUGGCACCAUGGGCGGAGAGACACCUCGUUGCUGUGCACGACCUGCCACUCGCACGAAAGCAAACAUGGAAGUCUGCCGCCAGCUUCAAAAUCUGCAGUCGCUCCAUUCCUGUUUAAACCUGUUAAAGAGGAAGAGGAGGUGAACAACAAGCACGGCAUGAGGACACGACGAAGCAGAGCACCUCUUUCAUCUUUGAGAAGUGGCCACAGGAGGCUCACGGGCUCCCCCACCAGUGAGGAUCAGCAGUCCAGCAGCCAGCCCUCACCCAGCGGAGCCACUUCUAAUUUGCUGAGAUCUUCUUCCACAGAUAAUAAGAACGAAUCCAGCAAGAAGACGAACAAGAAGAUAAAAGAAGAGGUCACAUCACCAAAGACAACAAAGCGUGUACGGGAGAGUCCUGUCCAGGAGCCGGAAGAGCCUGAGAAAGUUACUCCUAAAAGGCCGAAGACACAGGAUCCUCGGGGCUCGCGGUCCGAGGGCGAGGCCGAGGUGGAGGAGGAGAGCUCUUCAGAGAGCCGCAGCGCUCAGGAUGACGGCAGCAGCGACACCAAAGACAUCGACCAGGACAACCGCAGCUCCUCCCCCAGCAUCUCCAGCCCGCAGCAGGGCAACGAGAGCGACUCCGACUCCUCGGCCCAGCCCGGGGGGAUCCUGCCAGAGCCGGCUGCUGCUGCUGCUGCGGGGGGGCCGGCUGACCCUCCAGCCCUCCAGGCCAUCCCCUCUCAGGGCCAUCCCAUCCUUCAUCAGCCACCACAAAGCACUCCUCCAGCUGAUGGCGCUCAGAGCCCCCCUCCUGCCUCUCCGGACCCCCUUCAGCCCGCUGCCGGUCAGCCAGCUGGACCAAACGCCCGCCCACAGCUCCCCUCUCACGCUCUCUCUGGUCCCCUUCCUCUUCCGCCAGCACUCGGUCAGGAUUGUCCCCUGUCUCCAGCAUUUCAGGUCCCGCCGGCUCUCAACUCUGCACAGCCUCUGCAGACUCAUGGCCCGUCGGCUCAGGCCCUCCAGAGACCCCCACCCUUCUUUAGGGAGUCUCAGCUCCCCCAGCCUUCUCUCUCUGGCCCUCAAAUCAAGCCCCCUCCCACCACUCCAAUCCCAAGUUCACACAAACAGGGUCCACAUAAUCAGUCUUCUACACCUUUCCCUCAGAUGCCUUCCAACCUCCCCCCUCCCCCUGCUCUGAAGCCCCUCAAUUCUCUGCCCAACCCGCAUCCUCCGGGCGCCCCGCCGCCCCCCCUUCAGCUCAUGCCACAGCCUUUGCCAAUGCAGUCCCUUCCUACCCAGCUGCCAGUGCUCUCUCAGGUGCAGACCCACCCUGGGAAAAGCAUGACUUCCUCUCACCCGCCGGCAGCAGCCUCACUUCCUCUCCCCCCUGUAGCAUCUUCUUCUAUUGGUCCGGUCCCGAGCCUCCAGCCGUCAUAUCCACCUCUGAGACCCUCGCCGAGCGCGGCAGCAGGAUGUUCACAAAUUCAGAUUAAAGAAGAGCCACUGGAUGAGAUGGAAGAGGCUGAGAGCCCACCGCCUCCAUCUCGCAGCCCCUCGCCGCAGCCCACCAUCAUUAACAUGGCCAGCCAUGCCAGCCAGUCUGCACGGUUUAUCAAACACUUGGAUCGUGGUUACAACUCCUGUUCCAGAACAGACCUGUUCUUCACUCCACUUACGGCCUCCAAGCUGGCCAAGAAAAGAGAAGAGGCGGUGGAAAAGUUGAGGAGAGAUGCUGAGUACAGUGUUCGACAAGAACGUGAAAGGGAGAGAGACAGAGAAAGGGAGGCAGACAGAAAUGCAAUGAGUAGAGCCUCCAGCUCCUCCCACGACAGUCGUAUGAGCGAUGUUCAGAUGACGGUUCACGGCCACGGACGCCCUUCCUUUGAGCAGCCGCCCACCACUGUGGCUGCUGUGCCCCCCUACAUCGGCCCUGACACGCCCGCCCUGCGCACCCUGAGUCACUACGCCCGACCCCAUGUCAUGUCGCCAUCAAACCGCAACCACCCGUUCUACGUGUCGCUGAGCCCCGGCGACCCCCUGCUGGCCUACCACAUGCCGGGCCUGUACGGCGCUGACCCCAACCUCAGAGAGCGCGAGCUCAGGAACCUGCGCGAGAGGGAGCUCCACGAGAGGAUGAAGCCCGGCUAUGAGGUCAAGCCCCCAGAAAUGGAAAUGGUACACCAAUCUGCCAACCCCAUGGAGCACUUUGCCAGACACGGGGCCAUCGGCCUCCCCCACAUCCCCGGGCCCCCCCACCACUUCGCCCAGUUCCAUCCCGGCCUGAACCACAUGGAGCGAGGGAUGGUGCUGGCUGCGCCUCAGCUGCGCCCCGAGCUGAGCUACGCAGAGCGACUCACUGCAGAGCGGCUCCACGCAGAGAGGAUGGCGUCUGUAGGGGCCGACCCCGCCGCCAGGCUGCAGAUGCUCAAUGUGACGCCGCACCACCACCAACACUCUCACGUUCACUCCCACCUCCACCUGCACCAGCAGGAUCCGCUUGGGCAAGGUGAUGUUGGAGCUUUUCACUGCUAUGACGAAAGAUGUCAAAACCCUCAUCCUCUGGAAGCUCUGCAAGGAGGCCCACGUUUGGCCCGCUACCCCUUCCCCGGGGGCCAGAUCCCCAACGCUCUACUGGGCGAUCUCCCUCAUGAUCAUGAGAUGCUGCGCCACCCACUGUUUGGAGCAUAUCAACGAGAGCUGCAGGGUCAGAUUCCUCAGAUGUCUGCUGCCCACCAACUCCAGGCGAUGCAUGCCCAGUCUGCAGAGCUGCAGAGGAUGGCGAUGGAGCAGCAGUGGCUGCAUGCGCAUCACAUGCAUGGAGGCCAACUCCCGAGUCAGGAAGAUUACUACAGCCGUCUGAAGAAAGAAGGUGACAAGCCAUCUUGAGUGCCAGGUGGUGCAUGCCCUGAAUCCCUACACUCAUACCCAAAUAGAAUACUGUGUACUUUUAAGACUGUAAGAGAGUAUUUUGUGAGUCCAUUUUUUUGUUUUAAUAUAUUUUAGGGAAGAUCUUUGUGGAUCUUUAUGUGCAUUCCUUGUUCAGCACUUAUUGGACUGUCAACGUCCGUCUCAGAUUUUCAUAUCACUUAAGACUUUAUACUAGUUUUUAUUAUCAAAAUGACAAACAAUCUCACCCAUUCAUGUGAGAUUUGAAGUGACAGAUUUUUCUCUAACAAACUGUAAAACUGUUUCAUAUGCAGUGACGUGAAUUUGCUAAUGAAAAUAUAACUCUCAUAAAGGAUAUGAAAACAGACUGACUUUGGUGUUGAGUUGAAAUAUCUACCUAUGAUUUCUAAAUGAUUUCCUUGUACAGAAUGACCUUUUAAUAAGUGUUUGAAUGACUCUAACGACCUAGCACGACUCAGACUUUUUUUUUCACCAAACUAGAGUAGCAAGUUGCAUUGUGAUGCUUAGAGCAUAGUAUAGAUUGUUUUUUCUCUUAAAUCUGCUAAAUAUUUGUCUAAAUCCUAAAGUUUUAUAUAUCAAGAUAUCUUUUCACAUUAUAACCGAAGCUUUUAUUCGCUCAUUUUUGAGAUUGUAAAUAUUAAAUGUUUGCAAUAUUCUAUAUGAAUGAGUACUAUUGAUAUAGCAGUAGAUGUGAACACUUGCCCUUCGAUCCAGCACGAUAGCAGUAAAUCAUAAGCUAAAACAGUAUUGAGUAUUAUAAAGUAAGAUCAUUAUUAAUUGGACCAGUCGCUAAGGCAGAACGUUUUGUUAGAAUAAUGUAUUUACAUUGUUUUGACGAGAGCAAAUGAAUUGGAGUGAAACUAAAUCCUAAACAUUUUAAUGGAAUUUUUGAAAGAACUGCCUCUAAAUUCAAUAUUUAUGUGACAUAAUAUAAAAGUGUAUCCAUUGCAUAUUUAUUUCAAUAAAUAUUUCUGCAAUGACCCCUUGUUCUCUUUGCACCUGGAGUUUCUUUGUAUCAAUAGCCUGUGGUAUAUACAAUUUAUAAGGUACACCUAGCUAAAGCUAAUACUUUCCUGUAAUAAAUUCUACCUUGAUGAA